AUGAGCAGCUUGGAAUUCACCGGCAUUUUCACAGAAAACGGAGGUGUCUUGACACCAGGAACCCUAAAAGUCGAAGAUACUUCAGCGAUCUUCAAAAGUGACAAGGCAGGAAAAACUAUCAAGCUCUCACCAGGCGAUAUCAAGGAUAUUAGAUGGCAAAAGCUGGGAAACCGACCUGGUAUUCGUUUCGGACUUAAAGAUGGAGGUUCUCAUCGUUUCGGAGGUUUUAAAGAAGCGGACUUCGGCAAAAUUUUGGUGGUAACCGAAUCUUCCUGGGGACUAGGGAUCGAAAAAACUAAUCUUGUGAUCAAAGGAUGGAAUUAUGGAAAUGUACAAGUGAAAGGAAAGAACGUCGAGUUCUCUUGGGAAAACAAUCCUAUUUUUGAAAUCCCAUGUACGAAUGUUUCGCAGUGCGUCGCUAACAAAAAUGAAGCCGUUCUGGAGUUCCAUCAACACGAAAAUAAUCCGAUUUCUUUGAUGGAGAUGAGAUUCCACAUGCCUGUUGAUCCUGAAAACGAAGACGACAUUGAUCGAGUGGAAGAGUUCAAGCAAGCCGUCCUCGCAUAUGCAGGUCUCGAGGCUGAGACUGAACAACCGAUCACACUUCUCUCCGAUAUCCUGUGCACAACGCCACGUGGACGUUAUGAUAUCAAGGUCUAUCCGACGAGCAUUGCCUUGCACGGAAAAACAUACGACUACAAGAUUCCAGUCAAAACUAUUACUCGACUCUUCCUGGUUCCUCACAAAGAUGGACGACAUGUGUAUUUUGUGCUUGCUUUGAAUCCUCCUAUUCGUCAAGGACAAACUCGCUACACUUAUCUCGUUUUCGAGUUUGUCAAGGAUGAUGAUCAAGAAAUGGAGAUCGCAUUAACAGACGACCUCAAAGAAAAAUAUGGGGGACAACUCAAGAGUGAAAUGGAUGGUCCCUUGUAUGAGAAUGUUUCAAUUUUAUUCAAGGUGGUUUGCAAUCUCAAAGUCACCGUUCCCGGAAGAUUCAUUGGCAGUAGUGGAACUCCAGCCAUUCAAUGUUCUCAUAAGCAGAAUCCUGGACUUUUGUAUCCACUGGAAAAGGGAUUCUUAUUCAUUCAUAAACCAGUUAUGUACAUCCGACUUGAAGAAAUCAGCUCCUGCCAUUUUGCUCGAUCCGAUGCCGGUACUGUUACGCGUACCUUUGAUUUCGAAAUCGACAUGAAGUCGGGACAAUCAGUGAUGUUCAACGCUAUGGAAAAGGAAGAAAAUCACAAAUUGUUUGACUAUUUGAACAAAAAGGAAAUCAAAAUUCGCAACUCUCAGCGUCUGGAGAAGAACCAACAUGUGGAUAGCAGCGAUGACGAGAUCGAUCCAUACACAAACACUGUUAAAGCUGAAGGACGUGGAAGAGAAGAAAGUGAUGAUGAUGAGAGUACCGAUGAGGAUUACGAUUUGGACAAGGAUAUCAAGAACCAGAAGAAAGACCGUGAUUCGUCUGAAGGAUCUGGAAGUGAGCCAGACGACGAAUACGACUCUGGAUCCGAGAAAGACUCCAGUGGAACUGGUGAAUCGGAGCCAGACGAUGAAAAUGUUCGCCCUAAGAAGAAAAGUGAAGUCAACUCUGAGAAAAAAUCGAAGAAGGAAAAACCAGAAAAGGUAGGAAAGAAAAGAAAAGGGAAGAAAGAGAAGGAUCCGAAUGAGCCGAAACGUGCGGCUACUGCUUAUUUCCUUUGGUUCAAUGCUAAUCGGGCGUCUUUGAAAGAAGAUGGUGAUACUGUUCCUGAGGUUGCCAAAAAGGGAGGAGCCAAGUGGAAGGAAAUGAGCGCUGACGAUAAGAAGGAAUGGGAGCAAAAGGCAGCACAGGAUAAGAUUCGCUAUGAAAACGAGAUGAAAGAAUACAAGAAAAAUGGCGGUGGCUCAUCUUCUGUGACGUCUAAUCCUCCGAAAAAGGGAACAUCCUCUCCAUCGAAGUACAAGUCUAAGGAGCACAUCAGUGAUUCUGACGACUCCGAUGAUGACGAACCACCGAAACAAAAGAAGUCAUCCAAAGAAGCAACACCAACCGAUGAAUCGGACAUGGCUAGCGAUAAUUCUGAUUAA